AUGGCCGUCCCAUCGCAGCGCACGCUGCGCGUCGUCUGCAUCUUACUCCUCGUCGCCCUCCCCUGCCUCGUCGAGGCAGCACGGAAAAAAAAGAAGGGGGACACGCCACCCUUGCCGUCCGUUCGCUUCUACAAAUCAACAGUCAAAGUCUCUUACGCCGGAGUAGCGAAAAUUCCCUCCACGGCCACGCAAGGCGCGGCUGUUCAGAGCCGACAAGUGCUGGAGAAUCCAAGAAGUCAAAUCGGCGGCCGCCGUCUAUUGGAGGACGACAGCAUUGAUCUUGGAACUCCCGGUACCGAUCCGUCGGCUACCGACCCUGCUGUGGAGGAUGGGGAGCCGAACCUGGACUUUGAUCCUCGGCCGCUGCUCCCGCCCGCGGAGCUUACCGGAGCCACCGCGGUUAGUACUCUCACCUUUCUGCGGUUCAUGUUCUCGCGGUUGUCCGCGAUUAGUUUCCUGGAAUUCCUUCACAUCAAGUCGCGGUUAGGAUUCCUCUCUCUCCGCUUGCAUGCCGCUUAUGCGAAUAUGACAGUCGCGGGCAUCGCGUGUGCGGUCGCCGUGCCGAGCCACUCAUCCAGGACCGUCGACAAUAGCAGUGACAUCCUGCCUAGAGAGUCCGACCUCGAGGCGGCCAAGAAGAAGAAGCCCAAGGCGUUUCUAUCGCUGACGGUCGCUCCCUUCUCGCCGUCCGUCCUCAAGAGCGGCGUCACGGCCAAGCAGACCGCCUCCACCGGCACCGCCGCAUACGCAAGCGACUCGAGCGUGCCCGACCCGUCCGUGUGCGCCGGCAGCAACUACGUCGUGCAAGUCGUCAACUGGGCCAUCGUGGUGUUCGACGGCAGUGGCAAGGCGCUCACGGCGCCAGUGGCGCUGAACGAGUUUCUGGGCGUGAACCCGUACCGCGGCACCACCGUGGGCGAUCUCGUCACCAAGGCGUCGUGCGUGUACGACUCGGCGACCAAGCGCUUCUUCCUCUCCGCCGCAUGGCUGGUACGGCGGGCAGCUCUAACGCGUACGACAAGUUCGGCCAGACGCGCACGGACAACAAGGGCGUCUCGCGCGGCUCGGGCAUCGUCGUCCGCCGUCUCUGCCGCCGAGAAGCCGCUCGACGCAUGGAGCGUCUACUUCGUCGGAACCACCAACGACGGAACCAACGGUCCAGAUGAUCACCUCGCGCCGCUCGCGUACACGGGCGAGCUUUUCUACAACACGUACCCGCGGCUCGGCGUGGACGCGAACGGAGUGUAUGUGACGACGCAGCAGGCGACGUAUUCGAAUGUGGACGACGUGUGGCAGGGGAGCAACAUCUUCGUUCGUGGACAUGCGUGUGUGGGUCUGUGUGUGUAUGCGUCCUCAACUUUCGUGCAUCUGCUCCCUCUCAUCCUUCAUCCCUUUCUCGCUAUCCCUCCUUCCCCGUCCCUCGCCUUCUCCUCCCUGUACUCUCCCCCCAACAGUGCAUUCAGCAAGGCCGCCCUCCUGAAGCAAUCCGACAUCACAGCCGUCCGAUUCGCGCUCCCCGCGCAUGUCCCCGCACGGAUCAAACGGUCCUCCACAGUCUUCGCCUUCGCGCUCACCAACACCGUCUCUCUCUCAGCCAACAACCCCACCCUCACGCUCCUCACCGCCAUCGCCAACUGCUCGUUCUACUACGACUGGUCGACCUCUCAGCAGAAACCCGGUCUCGCGCCGCUCGCUGAAUCCUACAACAAGGAUACGCCGCUGAUUGUCCCUCCCAGGAGCACGUCGGUGGCGUUAUCGACGGGGUUCCUGUGGAUGGUGGUGCCGACCGGGUCGACCAUGUCGCCGAAUUCCGAGGCGGGGUUUAUGCUGGUGAAGAUGAAAGCCACGGUUGCCAAGGGCCCCUCGCCCGCGCUGAACCUCGCGGUGGCGAGCGCUAUGAUCUACAACGUGCCCAUGGCCAACCUCAUCGCUCCCACCAUUGCCUUCAACAAGCUAGGCAAGGGCAUCAUACUGGCAACGCUCGUUAGCCCCAACAACUACCCCACGGUGGGCUUCGUGCGCGUCACCAAGGCGGGAAUCAGCCCUAAGGACCUCAAGUUCUACACCGUUGUGCAGAGCUCUGCACCCCUUGACGUCGACUCCCAAAGUGAGUUCCCAGCCUUUUCUAAGGUGUCUCAUGAUCUGUCUGUUGAGACAACUGCUACACUCCUUACGGUCCCUCUACAUGGUCUAUACCCUCCACACUCUCCACAAUCCCUCCUGAUUUCUGAUCUCUCUCGUCCUGCUUUUCCUAUCCCUAUCACGGACACGGUGGCGUUCGUUCGCUACAGCACCACACAGGGACUGGAAAGCUACUCGGCAAAGAGCACUGACCCGGUGGCGUUUGUCCGCUACGGCACCACACAGGCGCUGGCAGUGGAUGCAACGGGCACCGUGUGGGCGGCAGGGCAGUACGCCACCGAGGAGCGCACCACCCGCAACAACUGGGCCACCAGCCUUUUCUCCGUCACCCCCUAA